CUCAAAUAAUGUUGUGUUGUGUGCGGAUCUGUUCUCCAAAGCACCAAAAGCGACACAACAACCAGCUAGCUAGCCAGUUCAGUAAAGGCAAUAAUGAUGAUGAUGAUGAUGAUGAUGUACCCAGUAUUCUUGGCCAUCGUGGUCCUUGAGUUAUCAUGGGUAUAUCCAGCAAAUUCCUUUCUGAUACCAGCUCCAACCAGAAUAUCUUCUACUACAAGUACAAGUACAAGUAGUGCUACCCAGCUAUCCGCCAAGAGAACCAAGAAAAAACCAAAAGCCAAGAGCAACACUAUUUGCGUCAAUCGACAAGCCCGUCGCAACUACGAAGUCGUCGAAACACUCGAAGCGGGAGUAUCCCUGGUAGGAACAGAAGUCAAAUCCAUUCGCGAUGGAAAGAUGAAUCUACGAGAUGGAUACGUACGACCCACCAAAGACGGUCGCUCCUGUCUACUCUACAAUGUACACAUUGGAAAACAUUCCAUGAGUGGAGCAUACUUUCAACACGAAGAACGAAGAGAACGACGAUUGCUCGUACACAAAAAUCAAGCACGCAAAUUCUUACAACAGGUCGAUCAGGCCGGAAUGACCAUUGUACCGCUCAAGGCAUACUUUAAUGACGACAACAAAAUCAAGAUACAAAUUGCACUCUGUAGAGGCAAAAACGUUCGAGAUAAACGACAAGAUAUCAAAAAUAGAGAGGCAAAGAGAGAAGAACAGCGCAUUAUCAAGUCAUUCCGAGUGGCAUAGUAGUGCUGAUGCCGUAUGCAACAAGAGGGCCAUGAGGAUGAGGAUGAGGAUGGAGAACCAUCAACCCAAGCAGCGGCAACUUGCGUUGAUGUACCAUACCGAAACAUCACAACCAUCGCACCAAUAUACCACAGAUGAUGAACAUGAACAGUGCGUUUCGUCUGGUUGGGCAAACCGAUACUACAUGUACAGGAAGCACCAUGGGAACACUGGAGCUGAAUCUUCCAACCAAUGAGCAAGACCAUACAUCUAUCGGUAGCUACCGGUAUCGCUCGCUCCAUACGUUGUAGUGUAAUGUCUACCUUCUACUAAAGUAGUUUUAUGCCG